AUGAGUGUGGGUGAGCUCUUCAUUCAGAUAGUACCAAGCUCUCACUUCAUUCGCUCACCUCGUGAUCGUCUUUGCUGCUCAUCACUCUAGUUCAGAUCGCGCGUUGGCCGACCCGCUGGCAACCGAGCUUCGCACCGAACCGCUCUGUGACUUGUAGGACCAUACUCUGCGAUCACAAUGCACGCAACUCACAUCAGCACCAUUGA